UUAUCUUCCAUCUUUCUAAGAAAUUGAUGUUUGCAUUGAUAUAAGAAUCUUAACAUCAAAGGUGUUAAACAACAUGUUCAAUUAUUUAAAGAAUUCCGAGUUUGUGAUUGUUACUCGCUAUAGUUAGCUCAUUUUCAACAUUUUUGAAGGAAAAAUAUGUGCACUCAAACUGCAUGCACUGUUUUACUUUUUGAAAAAAAAACUAAGCACAAGCUCUUAAUAUGGUUGCCCACAGUUACUACAUCAUAAUGCAUUGCAUUAUUCAGUUUUUACUCCUCAUAUAUACUAUGUAGUAGACGAAGUUUCAGUAUUCACCUCUUUGUUUACCUUUAACAGUGCAAAGAUAUUUAACUGUUCCCUCUUAGUCCUUUCUUCUCUUAUGUCUUCGGCUCCAAAAGGAAAGACAAGUAUGAGGAAAGCUUAUGCCAAAGGCAUAUAAAUUAUAACUGGUGAAUGCCUGACAUAUUCAAGUUAUAUUAGCGUUUUGCAUUUUAUGUUCUUACUCUGUUUUGUAGAUGUUGUGAGAUUCUUGAAGCUUUGACCGGUUUUGAUUUCGUUAGGUGAAGCUUCUAAUCUUAAUUCAUGUUUAUUCCUUUGGUAUAGACUGCAACCUAGCGUAACAGUGAGUGCAGGUCAUGUUAUAAGUUGUGUCUGAUCUGGUAACUGAAGCUGUAGUUUUAUUUCUGCAAUUAGUGGUCUUGUAUAUUAGUGGUCAUGUUCAGGGUUCUUAAGCAGGUGGUUGAGCAUCCUCAGUGGCUGGCGCUGUCAUAUGGCAUCUUUGGAAUAUGAUAUAAUAGGUUAUUUUAGAGAGGCUCGGUUAGAUUAUUCAUAUUCCUAUUUGUUUUUUGACAGGUUGAACAUUAGAGAGAUGCUAACAAAAUUUUAUUCAGGACUUCUUAUGGUAUUAACUUUGACCUACUAAAAGUCCUUGAAUGCUACAUCUUUUGCAUUAUUGGCCGAGUGAAUUGUGUGUGCAUGUCUUGCACUCGCAGAAUACAUUCUUCUGUCGAUUAUUGUACUAUUUGAUAUUUUAAUGUCAUUUUAUUUCCAUGAGCUCGUUAUCAUGGUUAUGGGUUCCGGUUCCUGAAAGACGUUAUCUGUUCAUCCUCUUUUAAAUUGCUAUAAAUAGUGUGCGGCCACACCCUCACCCGCACCACUGUGCAUAAAGUCUGCAUUAGCCCUUGAACUUCUGUAAGGAAUUGAAAAUUGGGUCACUAACUCACCAUAAACUGUUGCACUGGAUUAUCUUCAGUUAAUUUCAUGGUAAGAUAACCAAAUGCUUCUUCAGCUGUAUUUUACUAACAAUGAUUGGUGUUUUAGACAUAGAUAUUCCUUUAGCUGCAUCUUGAAAUACUCCUAGGUCCUAACCAUAAUGGUAAAGAGUUACAGUCUUUAGUGGAGUUGUUCAAAUGGGAGUGAUGCCUAGAAAUGUGCAUGAGUCUGUAGGGAGUCAUUGGUCCUUUGGUUUGUGCAGUUUCAGACACAACUCAGAUUGCCAAUUGGUUUUCCAGCAAAUUCUUAUGGAUACGCUAAGGAAUCUUGUGUGGGCCUCAUCCAAGCAUGAUGUUUACAUGGCUCAGAACAGUUCAGUGAUGCAUUGGUCUUCUCUUCUUCAAAGAGGGACAGAGGUGCUCCACGUUGCAGGCCAAGUUGUUCCAAAGCAGAAGGCACAUGGAGCUCGGACACUGUCCAGAGUGCAGAUCAGCUCAAUGGCCCUAAAAGACAAUCUCAUGGUAGCGGGCGGUUUCCGUGGCGAACUGAUUUUCAAGUAUGUUGACGAGCCCGGGGUGGCAUUCUGUACGAAUGUCGCUGAUAACAAAAAUUCCGUCACGAAUGCUGUAGAUGUGUACGAGUCUCCUAGCGGCGCUACUCGAGUGACGGCGGCGAGCAAUGACUGCACUGUCAAAUUUCUUGACGCUGAGAGGUGCAGCCUGCUUGGCCGCUUUACUUUCCCGUGGCCGGUCAAUAACACAUCGGUGAGUCCUGAUGGCAAGCUCCUCGCGGUCCUCGGCGACAGCUCCGACUGCGUGAUCGCCGACGCUCAAUCGGGCGAAGAGAUAGCGACUCUCAGAGGGCACCAGGACUACUCGUUCUCGUCGGCAUGGCACCCCGGCGGCCACGUCCUGGCGACGGGGAACCAGGACACGACGUGCCGGCUGUGGGACACGCGCAACCUCUCGGCCUCGCUCGCGGUGCUGGGAGGGAGGAUGAGCGCGGUGCGGGGCCUCCGGUUCUCGUCGGACGGGCGGUUCCUGGCUGCGGCGGAGGCGGCGGACUUCGUCCACCUGUACGACGCGCGGGCCGGCUACGGCGCCGCGCAGGAGAUCGGCCUGUUCGGGGAGAUCGCGGGCGUGGCGUUCAGCCCGGACGCGGACGCGCUGUUCGUCGGGGUCGCCGACCGGGCCUACGGCAGCCUGCUCGAGUUCAGCAGGCGGGGCCGGCACGCUUACCUUGACUCGUACAUGUGACUGAAACAGUCAUGUCGACCGUGUCGCUGCCGCGCGUCGAGUAGAAGCCUAGAUCUAGAUGUGGGUAUAGUACUACAGUAUACGGCAAGUGGUUUCGGUUCUGUAUAUGCGGACUAGUGCAAGUUAAAAGAUGUUACGGUAGUACUGUACAUGAUGGACUGGUACUACAGAAUUUGGUUGGCGUGUGAAGCCGCGUGAGAAGACUA